UGAUUGCCAUAUCCUGCAUCCAUAAAUUCAGCUUGUCAUGGAUGGAAGCUCAAGUUGUGGAUGGCCAUGUGCAGGCGAUAGUUCACUACAGCCCCCCUCCCCUCCUGAGGCCCUCCUGGUGAAGGUGCAGCCUGUCGUGGAUCAAAGCCCAGUGGACAAUUCAACACAGAUAUGGACACGGCCCCUCUCCCCCGAAGACCUCCUAAAUCAGAUGCAGCUGCUCCGCCAAGAGCUUGGCGAGUUGACUGCAUUAAUGCAGCCUGUCGUGGACCAAAGCAGCAACGCUAUGGAGGCUUCACCACAGCGCCCUCCCACACCUGAAUCUUUCCUGUGCCAACAAGGGGUUGCCGACCUGAUUGCAUUAACUGAACCUGUCCUGCUGGAUCAAAGCCCAGUGGACACUUCAACACAGAUUUGGACACGGCCCCUCUCCCCCGAAGACCUCCUAACACAGAUGCAGCUGCUCCGCCAAGAGGUUGUGGAGCUGAGUGCUUCAAUCAGCCAAGUUCUGGAUGAACCCGAGACAAGCUAUUUGGACGCACCGACACCACCUCUCCCUAAAGCCGCCUGGGCCUACAAGGGUGAGCCUCAGAGGGCCCUGAGCCGGUCCUCCAUCUCUAAGAGUGUGUGCAUUUCAUGGCCGUACUCCAUCUACCCUCACUUUGACCUCAUCGGCCAACCAGUUCCUGAGGAGAAGCCUGUGGUAAUGGUUGACAAGGCUUCCUCAACGCCCAAGAAGAUGUCUUUCUGGAGGAGGCUGGUAUGUUGUUUUGGGAAGAGGAACAAGACUGGAUCCACUAAGAACAACAAGGUCAAGAAGAAGACCAAGGCAAAGGGGGAGAAGACCAAGGUCCAGGAGAAGACCAAGGUGGAGAAGGACACUGCCAUGACCAGGGGAUGUUUCUCCACGUAUUUCAACCUCAUAAAACUGCUCACAAAGUAAUACGACAAACGGGUGAAGAAGUGAACCAGGACUUUUAUCGAAUUGUUUUUCCUAUAGAGUCAGCGGGAAAAACCUGGUUGCCUGAUCCAAAGACAAACACAUCCUAUCCAUCAGAAUAUCCCGAAUGGGAGAGAUCAUAACAUACUUAUCAAGGCUGGGGUGGUUAAUGUUGUUAAUCAUGUUUUCAAUAAAGUUUUCUAAAUGA